GAAGAGCCGGGGGCCACCCCGCCGCGCAGCGCCAUGGCCGAGGCGGCCCCCGCUCCGACCCCCGAGUGGGACUCUGAGUGUCUCUCGUCCCUGCUGCCGCUGCCCACGCCUCCGGCUGCCAGCGACGCCCACCUGCAGACCGCGGCCAUCUCCCUGUGGACGGUGGUGGCCGCCGUGCAGGCCAUCGAGAGGAAGGUGGAGGUGCACAGCCGGCGGCUCCUGCAGCUGGAGGGCCGCGCGGGCAGCGCCGAGAAGAAGCUGGCCGACUGCGAGAAGACGGCGGCCGAGCUGGGCCAGCAGCUGGAGGGCAAGUGGGCCGUGCUGGGCACGUUGCUGCAGGAGUACGGGCUGCUGCAGCGGCGCCUGGAGAACAUGGAGAACCUGCUGCGGAACCGCAACUUCUGGGUCCUGCGGCUGCCGCCCGGCGUGAAAGGCGACACCCCCAAGGUGCCGGUGACGUUCGACGACAUCUCCAUCUGCUUCUCCACGCCGGAGUGGGAAAAACUGGAGGAGUGGCAGAAGGAGCACUACAGGAGCAUGAAGGGCACCUCUGAGCCGCCGGCGCCCACAGAUUACGCCAUGAACCCGCCGGAUGUCCUGUCUCAGAUGCAGCCUGAGGGAGAACACAGGACGGAGGCCCCGGCGGGCCCCGAGGGAGCUGAGAUCCCAGCCCAGCCCACAGAAGAACCCGGCAUCUCCACGUCAGACAUUCUGUCCUGGAUUAAACAAGAGGAAGAGCCUCCGGCCGGGGCCCCUCCAGAGCCUCCAGAGAGUGACAUCUACAAAGGCACCUUCGCUGACGGAGAGCUGGUCAUCAAAUCCGAAGGCCUGGUCAGGCCCUCCCUGUGCCCGGAGGGUCCCGCCACCUUCUCGUCCCCGCCCGACCCCGCGGCCGCCAAGGACGCCUUCCCGGAUGUGGCUUUCAAAAGCCCGCAGCCUGCGCCCAUGGUCCCGUUCGGAACCCCGGCCCCGGCGCUGGCCGAGGCCCCCGAGGGCCAGGUGACCUUCACCCAGCUGGGCAGCGCCUACCCGCUCCCGGCGCCGGCCGCCGAGCCCGUGUUCUCGUGCCCGCGCUGCGGCAAGGGCCUGAGCCAGGACACGCUGCUGAGCCACCAGUGCGGCCCCCUGGCCGGGCCGGCCCUGCCCUGCGCCCAGUGCCCCAAGCACUUCCCCCCGCUGCCGCCGCCCCCGCCACCGCCGGCCACGGGCCCCGCGCCCCCGGCGCCCCCGGCGCCCCCGACCUGCCCGCACUGCGCCCGGACCUUCACGCACCCGUCGCGCCUGACCUACCACCUGCGCGUGCACAGCAGCGCCGAGCGCCCCUUCCCCUGCCCCGACUGCCCCAAGCGCUUCGCCGACCCCGCGCGCCUGGCCGGCCACCGGCGCGCGCACGCCAGCGAGCGCCCCUUCCGCUGCCCGCAGUGCGGCCGCAGCUUCAGCCUCAAGCUCAGCCUCCUGCUGCACCAGCGCGGCCACGCGCACGAGCGGCCCUUCUCCUGCCCGCAGUGCGGCAUCGACUUCCACGGCCACUCGGCGCUCAUCCGCCACCAGAUGAUCCACACGGGCGAGCGGCCCUACCCGUGCCCGGACUGCAGCAAGAGCUUCAUGCGCAAGGAGCACCUGCUCAACCACCGGCGCCUGCACACGGGCGAGCGGCCCUACCCCUGCGCGCACUGCGGCAAGAGCUUCAUCCGCAAGCAUCACCUGCUCAAGCACCUGCGCACCCACACGGGCGAGCGGCCCUACACCUGCGCGCCCUGCGGCAAGCGCUUCCGCUACAAGCAGACGCUCAAGGACCACCUGCGCGCCGGCUGCGGCGGCGGCAGUGGCGGCGGGGACGGCCAGCCUGCUGGGCAGCUGCCCGACCCGCCGGGGCCGCCGCUCCUGGCCGGCCUCGAGACCUCCGGGCUGGGGGGCAGCGCUGCGGGCCUGGAGGCCGGCCCCUGGUACGGGGACGGGAGCGCAGGGGGCGCCGUGUAG